GGGCGUCGCGAGGCGAACCGCAUUUGGUAGUUUGUAUCGACGCGACCAUCUCCAGUGAGCGCCGCGCGCAGUCUGUCGGUGUCGACGUUCGGCGCGCGGGGCUGGCCGUUGACAUCCCCCGCCCGUUCCCCAUUCCCCGUGCGUUCAUGUCGUUCGUUCAGUCGAGGUUUUGUUUUGUUUAAUUACGCACGCGGACGUUUGAUAUUGAGUACCUAUCAUUAUGGAUAAUUAUAUUCAGAGAGAUAGAAAACGAAAUGAAAGCUCAGGAGAAAGCAGUAAAGAAACAACAGAUAAACGAAAGAAAUAUAGAAAAUAUGACGACCAAUAUUUAGAUUUUGGGUUUACAUACAUUACUAAAGGAAAUGAAGAACUUCCUCAAUGUGUUGUUUGUCAUAAAGUGUUGGCAGCUGAAAGUAUGCUUCCUAAUAAACUAAAACGUCAUUUGGAAACAACUCACAGUCAUUUGCAAGGUAAGCCGAAAGACUUUUUUGUUAGAAAAUUGCGAGACCUGAAACAUCAGUCCACGGCUUUGCUUUCAAGAGCGUCAGUUCCUUCCAAAGCAUUGCUCGCCUCCUACAAGGUAGCUCACCGUGUCGCCAAGUGUAAGAAACCUCACACGAUUGCUGAGGAACUGAUUUUACCUGCUGCGGUUGAUAUGGUGUCAGUGAUGAUUGGAGAAUCGGCGGCUAAAGAAAUAAAAAAUAUACCGCUUUCAAACAAUACUAUUAGCCGCCGUAUUCAUGACAUGGCAGAAGAUAUUAAUGAGCAAAUUGUGGAAAAACUUUCAUGUUCAUUUGCCAUUCAACUGGAUGAGGCGACCGAUAGUAAUGACGAUGCUCAAUUGAUAUGUUACGUGCGGUACAUACAAGAAAUAAAUGUAUGUGAGGAUUUGUUAUUUUGCAGAAAAAUAUAUGAUAGUGGUAAGGCUAUUGAUCUAUUUAAGAUUUUGGAUUCUUACAUGGCCGAAAAUAAUAUUAAAUGGGAGAACUGUGUGGGUGUGUGUACGGAUGGUGCUCGAGCGAUGUCUGGACAGUAUGGAGGACUACAAGCUCUCAUCAAAACCAAGGCUCCAAAUGUAAAAUGGACACAUUGCGUCAUACACAGAGAGGCCUUGGCUGCAAAGAACAUUUCACCUGAAUUAAGUGCUGUGAUGGACAUAGUUAUCAAAGUGGUGAACUACAUUAAAACACGACCUGUGAAAGCAAGGUUUUUUCAUAAGCUUUGUGAAGAAUUGGGUGCCCAGCACACCUCUUUAAUUUAUUAUUGCAACUCUCGCUGGUUGUCCAAAGGCAAUGUACUCGCACGUGUGCACGAACUACGAAAUGAGUUUUACACUUAUCUACAGACCGAAUCACACAAUGAUGCACAAAGUUUUAUUAAUACUGAUUUUCUAAUAAAAUUGGCAUAUCUCUGCGACAUUUUUCAAAAAUUAAAUGAGCUUAAUAAGUCCUUGCAGGGAAACAAUACUCACAUACUGCAACUGGCAGAUAAAAUUACUGGAUUUCGAAAGAAGUUGCUGUUAUGGAAGAGAAAAUUAGAAGAAGGUCAAGUAAAUACUGACUGUUUCCCUGCUUUACAAGGCAUUCUACAUGAAAAAUCGAUAGAGACCCUCGAUCCCUCCAUAAAAAUAAUAUUUACACAGCACUUGUCAUCAUUAAAUGAACAUUUUGCCAAAUAUUUUCCUGAAAAUCUGGAGCAAUAUGACUGGGUUAGGAACCCUUUUCAGUCGACACCACCAUCAACACUUUCCACAGCGGAGGAAGAACAACUGAUUGAACUGUCCUGUGACUCCAGUCUUAAGCUCCAAUACGACAAAGACAAACUGCUCGAAUUCUGGAGCUCAGUUUCUCAUGAAUAUCGUGCCAUCAGCACUGCGGCAUUGAAGGUUCUGCUACCCUUUGCGACAUCGUACUUGUGCGAAACAGGCUUUUCUGCAGUUGCAGUAAUUAAAAAUAAGUACAGAUCGAAAAUUAAUGUCGAGAAAGAAAUGCGAGUAGCUAUUUCCAAUCUUGAGCCCCGUUUUGAAAAGCUAUGCUCAGAAAAGCAAGCACAUCCGUCCCAUUAGUUUCGGCUAUGUUUUUAUUUUGUUAUUAAUAAAAAAAUAUAAAAUGUAUUCGGAGUUUUUUCUGAUAACUUGUUACUUGUCUAGAACUACAACUAGGCAUGGUAGGCAGUUUUCAUCACUGGGGGCGUCGCAAAAAAAUGGCCCAUCCCCAAGGGCGGCACAGCAAAAAAAAGUUUGGGAA